AAAGAAAAAAGAAUUAUAUUAGUUUUUCUGGCUAUGCAGUGUUUGACGUGUUUCAGGAGCUCUGCUCCACUAACCUUUGAUCUUUUCUUCAAUCAACGCGACGGACACUCACAAAACUCAUUGGCAAAAUGCUCAGAUUAAACGUUAAUUACCCUUUGCUUCCGAAGAUACCACCAGCCAAUCGCGUUUGUAACAGAAAGCUCGGCAGCUACUAUGAUUAUUCGUCGAACGUUAAAUAUGGCGAUGAUGAUGGUAAGAAGAAGCAGAUGUUUCUAAGCGUUUCUGUGAAAGCAAUGAAGGAAGAAGGUAACGGAAGUGGAAGCAUGAGUUUCUCUGGACAAAGCUGGGAUCCUAGCUCUGAGAUACAAGUUCCUUCCGACCAAAGACCUGUGAAUGAGUAUUCGGCUUUGAAGGAAGGGACGUUGUAUUCAUGGGGAGAACUGAGUCCAACCCAAUUCUUUCUUCGUAUAGGUGGUCUUUGGUUGGUCACUUUCACUGUUCUUGGAGUUCCCAUCGCUGCUGCUAGCUUUAAUCCUUCCAGAGAACCUUUGAGGUUUGUUAUAGCUGCAGGGACAGGAACUUUAUUCCUGGUUUCAUUGAUUGUCUUGAGAAUUUACCUGGGAUGGAGCUAUGUUGGAGAUAGACUACUCUCUGCUGUUAUUCCGUACGAAGAGAGCGGAUGGUAUGAUGGCCAAAUGUGGGUUAAGCCACCUGAGGUAUUGGCUCGGGACAGGUUGUUAGGUUCGUACAAGGUGAAGCCGGUAAUCAAGAUGCUGAAACAAACAUUAGUUGGAACAGGAGCUUUGCUCGUUUCAGCAUUCGUCCUAUUCGUUUUUGCAACACCUGUUGAGGAUUUUUUUAAAACCACUCUAAGAUCAAAUGGUAACCAACCGGAGGCGUGGAUGGAUUCUCGGGGAAGAAAGGCUGAUCGGGGAGCGUCGGGAGGCAGGCGCUUCACGCCAUUGACGGAGAACGAUAAGAGGAGGAGGAGGAAGAAGAAGAAAGUCGAGUGUGGAGCUCUCAUGGUGACUUGUGAUUAA